AUUUGUGGGCCACGAAAAAAAUACAACCCAGAAACAAAGGUGUAUGUGUUACUGCUGAAAUAUGGUCUACUUAGUGAUAAAAAAACUAUACCAUUAUACCAAUAUUGAUAAAAUUAACUGCACCUACAACGAAUUUAAAAGUUUAAAACAAAAAGAAGUAUUCGGUAAUAUGGUGAAUAUUCUCUUGGUGUAACUUCAGUCACAGCAGUCACAAUGUCUGAUAAAAGAAUUUCAGACUUGAUGAAACUUUUAAUAAGACACGAAGGCUUUAUCGAAUACACAGUCGAAAUUCAAGGGAAAACAGGACGAGGUGAUGGAUAUGUAGGCAAAGUUACUUUUGUUUCUGUUAUUGGAAAAACUAACACUGAAGAUAAAAAAGAAUUAAAUUUAGUCAUAAAAUCAUCUACCCAAAAUGAGCUCCUUCGAAGUCAAUUGCCGAUUAAAGAAUUUUUUGAAUUAGAAAUUUACAUUUACGAUAAGGUUAUACCAGCUUUUAGAAACUUCCAAUACGAAAUGGGAUUUGAAAGCGAUUUUUUGAAGUCGCUGCCAAGUUGUUACCUUGCGCAAAACCUUGAAAACGAGGAGGCGCUUAUUUUGGAAAAUUUAAAAUCGCAAGGAUUUGAAAUGGCAAACCGAAAAAUUCCGCUGACUUUUGAACACAUCAAACUGGUUUUAGAAAGUUAUGGAAAGUGGCACGCCUUUUCACUAGCUCUGCGAUACAAACGACCUGAUUCUUUCAAACAACUAGUGGAAAAUUUAGGCGAUAUGUGGUCUAUAUAUAUCUUGAAAACAAAACUUGCACGUGUAUUUUUCCAGUACUACGAAGAAGUGAGAAAGUUUUGGGAAAAUGGUACAGAUGUAGCAUUGGUUAAAUUUUCAGAGAAUGAGGUGACAUCUAUUUUAACCUCUCUACUUUCUGAAGAUUUGGAUCAUACUGUGAUAAUUCAUGGGGACUGCUGGACUAACAAUUUUAUGUUUAAGGAACAAUUGGGAAAACCUGUAGAAGUGUCUUUAAUUGAUUGGCAGUUCUCUGGUUUCUCUUCACCUGUUCUGGAUUUAUCAUUUUUCAUUUACACAUGUGUUGAUACAGAAAAAUAUAAAAAUGUGGAAGAGUUACUGAAAAUUUACCACGAGGCUGUUUGCGGAUAUCUACAUCAGCUGAAUUGUGAUUCGGUGGAUAUUUUACCUUUUAACACAUUAAUGAAGCACUGGAAAAAAUUUUCUUGCUAUGGAUUGCUCUUCGGAUCUUUCAUACUUAGAUUUUGUCUCUCCGAAAGUGAAGAACUUCCCGAUUUGAUAGAAAAUGCAGAGAAAGGAAACAACUUUUUGGAAAUUUUCGAAUUCAUUACUUCAAAUAAAGAAGUAUACCAUAAACGAGUGAAAGAUAAUAUUUUACAUUACGCUAGAAACCUGGUUGAAUAAAAUUACUACAAUACUAAUGACAAUACAGUUUCAUAUUUUUGCUUUUUAUUUCACGAGCCGAAGUUUUAACAGUUUCUCGAAUAUAUUAUUAAAUUCUUUCGUGUUUUGAGAAUCUUAAAAAAUAGUAUAUUAUAUACGAGGAGACUAAAGUGCAAGAUUUAAUUCCGAAAGUGGAUAUUAGUGCCCUCGCUAACGCUCGCGCUGUAACCACUUGAGGGAUUACAUCGCACUUUAGUCUAGUCGUGUAUAUACUAUUUUUUGUCCUCUCGGGACUAUAGAUACUAAAUUUUAAAUUGGAAGAAAAUAU